CUUCCUAAAACGAAAAUCCCUCUUCUCGAAUUCAAAUCUGUAGACUUGUUCAAUUGAAAUGGCUCCAAAGGCAGAGAAAAAGCCCGCCGAGAAGAAACCAGCGGAGAAGGCUCCAGCUGGUGAGAAGAAGCCUCGAGCAGAGAAAAAGAUUCCGAAAGAUGCUUCGUCGUCAGAUAAGAAGAAGAAGAGGAUGAAGAAGAGCGUUGAGACCUACAAGAUUUACAUCUUCAAGGUCUUGAAGCAGGUCCAUCCCGAUAUCGGAAUCUCUAGCAAGGCCAUGGGGAUUAUGAAUAGUUUUAUUAAUGAUAUUUUUGAGAAGCUUGCUCAGGAAUCGUCGCGAUUGGCUAGGUAUAACAAGAAGCCGACUAUCACCUCUAGGGAAAUCCAAACGGCUGUUCGACUUGUGCUUCCUGGUGAACUUGCGAAGCAUGCUGUGUCCGAAGGGACGAAAGCGGUUACCAAAUUCACCAGUUCUUAGAAAUUUCGAUCGUAUCUGUUAGUGUUUAGAAAUUAGCUUCGAUAUUGUUUGAUGAUAUAGAUUGCGAUUGUUUUUGUCCGGCUUAGUAUGAAACGGAAAUUCUUCGUUUGAA